AUGUUAGCAGCACCACAUCGUGAAGCUGCUCUUGGUAUCCGCCGAUCAAAUACCGGUCUCUCCUAUGAAGAUCUGACCAAAGAGUUGUUGUCCGAGGAAGCCUUACGGUGCAUGGACAAGGACCCCAACUGUAGUGGGACGGCUAAGACCUGUCCCGCCAGAAUGCCACAGGACAAGUCCGACCGAUGCAACCGCUGCAAUCGUCCGAAGAAGUUCUGCCCAAGAUCUCACCAUAUGGCACACUGUCUAGCCCACCUCCCCACAUCAACUACGCCUUCGACCGACAAGGCUGAUACGGAGAUUCCUCGGGUGCAGACAAGCAACCUGACAUUCGAAACCCUUUCCUUCGUGGAGUACACUGGAACCACUGCCCCGCUGGUAGAUGAUUCCGCCCAUCUCAACCUCACCGCACUUUGCGACACGACAAGGCUCUGA